AUGCCUUUUCGUGAUCAAUGGCGUGAUGUAAAAUGUUUAUAUGAUGACGGUAUUCCAAUAGAUACAACAAGUAAUGAAACAGCAAAAUUAUUCGAUGCUGCUCUUACACAAUACACUGGCUGGUAUAAUGAUAAACAAUUGGACGGUGUUGAAUCAACUAUAUCACGUCUUCUAUCAUCUGAUCCAACAUGUAUAACUAGUCGUAUACUAGCAACUGGUAUUGAUUUAUUAGGUACAGCAACUCCAUCAUCAUCUCAUCAUUCCAAAACUCUUGAAUCACUUGGAAAUAUAACAUCAUCAAAUAAAUAUAUUCAACUUCAUAGUCAAGCGCUUCUUCAAUGGUCACUUGGUCAAUUUGCUAAAGCUACUGAUACAUGGGAACAAAUUCUUGUUCUAUAUCCAUUUGAUAUGAUGUCAAUUAAAUUUGUAUCAGAUACAUAUUUUUAUGUUGGUAAUCGUGAUAUGCUUCGUGAUUCAAUUGCACGAAUUUUACCUAUAUGGGAAACAUCAACUGAUCGACCAUUAAAAUCAUAUUUAUAUGGUAUGUAUGCAUUUGGAUUAGGUGAAACAAAUAUGAUUGAAAGAGCUGAAAAAGAAGCUCGAUUUGGAUUAGAACUCAAUCCACAUGAUGGUUGGGCAACACAUGCAUUAGCACAUGCUUUAGAAUAUGCUGGAGAAACAUCUCAAGGAAUUCAAUUUUUAAAAGAAACCAAUCAAAAUUGGCAACACAGUGAUAUUAUUAAGCCACAUAUUGAUUGGCAUUGGGCUUUAUAUGAAAUAGAACAAGGCAAUAAAGAAAUAGCUGAAAAUAUUUUAACAAAUCAUUUAUUAAAUAGAAAUACUGAUAUGGGUAUGCUAGAUUUUGUAGAUGUUGCAUCAUUAAUUUAUCGUCUUAAACUUGCUGGACAAAAAUCUUCAACAAUUUAUUCAUCAACUCAAUUAAAAAAAUUCUUAAAUGAUCAUUUACAUGAUCAUACAUUGAUAUUUAAUGAUCUUCAUAUUUAUUUUAUAUUAGAUGAUUAUGUUGAUCAAGAAAAUCGAAUGGAUUUUCUUCGAACUUUGAAAGAAUGUUAUGAUACAUCUGAUUCUGAUAAUAGUCAAGUUUAUCGUCAAGUUGGACAAUAUAUAUUUAAAGCUAUGGAUCAAUUUCAAGAGAAAAAUUAUUCACAAGUUGUUGAACUUCUUUAUCCAAUAAGAAAUAAAAUUUAUCAAAUUGGUGGAUCAAAUGCACAACGUGAUCUUUUCUAUUUAUUAUUAAUUCAUUCAGCAGUUCAUUCAUCGAAUAAUCAACAUCAACAGUUAGCUAAACAAUUAAUCAAUGAACGAUGUUUAAUGCGAAAUAAAACAAAAUCAAAAAUGAUGGAAAAUUAUGCUAAUACAAUACUUAAUGAUUAA